AUGGCGUCCAGUACAGGUACAUAUUGUGACAUUUGUCAGAGCAGACACAUAUCUAAGGCGGCAGAGGAAUAUUGUCCUGUUUGUGAAGAAGCCUUAUGUCCCGAUUGUAAAGAUCAUCACACACUGUCAAAAGCAACGAAAAGUCACCAAGUGAUCUCGAUAGACGAGUAUAAGAAGUUGCCUCCCUUUAUUCGAGAGAUCAAACAACAAUGUGACGAACAUGGGGAUAUGCUUGAAUUUUUCUGCCCAACUCAUAACGAGUUGUGUUGCAAAAAAUGCAUUACUACAACUCAUAACGAAUGUAAAGGGUCCAAAGUUAUGGAAGAUUUUGUUGACAAAUAUUUUAAAUCGGCUGCGGCUUUAGAUGAGUAUGAACAAACGUUGAAAGAUGUUGGAGAUAAUAUUCAAACUGCGAUUGUUGAUAGAAAAAAUAAUCUUUUGGAAUUCGAAAAACAGACACAGGCUGUACGAAAACAAAUUAAGAAUAAAAGGGCUGAAAUCAAUAAGCAUUUAAACAAACUUGAAGCGACAAUAAUAAAUGAAUUAUCAACCAUUGAAGGUGAAAAGAAACAGCACGUCCAGUCAGUUAUUGAAAAAUUAGAAGAAAACAAAAACAAAAAUAUACAACUCAAGAACGAUGUUGAUGCAAUGAAAACGUAUGGAUCAAAUAUUCAAGUGUUUAUGGGAACAACAAAACUCCAACAACUCGUAUCAAGUCAAGAGAAAUUCGUCCGAUCAUUGCAAGACGAUGAGAGUUUACGUUUCAUUAAUCUUGAAUGCUCAAUAAGUGAGGAGUUAAAUAACAUUACGACAGAUAUUCGAUCAUUUGGUACGGUUACAUCCAUUUCUUCUGAUCCACGUAUUCAAUUGAAUUGGAAAAGUGAUAAAUCAGCCCAGAUAUUGAAAUCACCAACAGAUAUAAAUAGUAUUGACAAUAUAAAUACUACACUGAUAUGUAAAAUCGAUGUCAAUACCCCUAAAACCAUAUCAUCAUGCGUUGUGGGUAAAUGUCUUUUGUUUUCGACCUAUGACGGAUUUCGACCAAUCGGAAAUAUAUUGCAAUAUGAUAGCGGAGGGAAAUAUCUGAACGAAAUAAAACUUAAGAAUUCGCGAGCGUUCGAUAUCGUGUUUAUUGAUUUGAAUACCGUUGCUGUUACCGGUGGUGAAACGGAUUUCAAUGUGUACAUUGUAGAUGUUACUACAUUAAAUAUGAAAAGAAUAAUAAGUGUAGGACGAAACAACUGGUUGUAUGGAGCAACCUACAAUGAUGAAGAAAUCAUUGGAUGUAUUAAUGGCAAGUUUAUAAAAAUCUUCAACCUUGACAGCGGGAAAGCCAUUAAGGCGUCUUCUCUUUCUUUGAAAAAUAAACACAAAGCUAAAACAUAUCUUACCUCCGAUCACUAUAGUUUAUAUCAUUCGGAUUACCUAAAUGGGUCUCUUACAUGUUAUGAUCUGAAGGGGAACAUUGUGUGGUCAUUUAAAGAAGACGUUCUACAGGAACCCCGUAGUGUUUGUUUAGAUUCGGAUUCAAACGUUUAUGUAGCUGGAAGUCGCUCAAACAAUGUAGUAGUCAUUUCAUCAGAUGGAUUACAUUCAAAACAACUGCUUGGACCAGACGAUGGCAUAAAAGCUCCGCAUGCCAUUCAUUUCGAUAAAUCAAGUAACAGACUGUUGGUUGCAAAUGGAUGUGGUCCGGCUUUUCUUUAUAAAGUGUCAAAAUAA